GAUAAGUGGAAAUGGCUUCCUGAAUUACUUGGUGCUUCUGCGCAAUAUCAUUCGAGCGCUGGUACAACAUUCUGUCUGGGGGAAACGAAAACAAAGAUGGCUGCCGUUGUCUGCUGACGAUGUUGUAAGGAGUUUUCGUCAAACACAGGAGCUACAUUAACGAUAACCAUGGGUACUGGAGGACUAUCGACGACUUUCCCUGUGCAUAUUAUUAUGAUAUGGACUGUGUUGAUAUUAACGGCAUUCAGCACCACCUCAUCAGCGCUGGACUACGCCUCAAGCAUCUCGGUGAGCGCCGACACCACGUCCGCUACGCUGACAUGGACCGUGGCAAGCAACGCCUCAGCAGCCGAUAGCUACAUCGUGGCAGUCCUGCUAGACGGAGGCACGACCAGCGUCAACAACUACACCAUCAGCGACGUGUCCACGGAGACGUACAGCCUGGCGGACCUAGUGUUCUCCACCUACUACACCGUGAACCUGUACACCGUGUCAAACACCGGCCAGACGGUCGGUGUCACCACCGUGUCGUUCUGGACCGAGUACGCCGUCUGGAACUCCAAGUUCAUCGCCGUCCUGGGCGUCAUCGGGUUCAUGUUCCUCACCCUGCUGGUGAUGAUGGUUCUCAAGUCGGUGUUUCUGAAAGAAGAGAAGGCUCAAGACAAGAAACCGGUCCUUGAGGACGAGGAGAACGGAGGGAUUAGGAAGGAAAAUGGGGCGGGAACAAACGCCAAGGAUAUAGCCAUAUUCUGAUGCGUGAUGGACGACUCUUUAGGCAAACACGAAGCUGAAGAAACUGGUGACUGCAAUAAUAUUUUUAAGUCUUCAAGUUUCGUAAACAAAUAAUAGAUUUGUGGACCAAUAGGUAUGGGUAGCCUCACACCGGAAGUGGUUCAGUGCGCUGCACUGUGGGACAUGUAAUUUACGUCACACGAAUUCCCUAAAGCCCAAAUUGCCUAAGAAUCCUAGUUUCCAUAUCGGCGUAAGAAUCGCAAAGUGAAACGCAAAGACCCAAACUGCAUGCAACGCAGACAAAUGGAAACAUUUCACCCGGAAGUGUCGCCAACAUAUUAGGCAGACGCAAACUAUCUCAAAGACCAUCGGCAAAGUUGAACCCGAUUCAUCUUUGCUGACGGUUCAACGUACUGUCUGCGCAAGCCUAGCGUCGAUGUGAAAACUAGCACUCUUUCACGCUAUAAGGGGCCCAGCAUUGGAUUUAAUUUGAGGGGCCGUAUCAUAAGUCCGACGCCUCAUAGGUCCGACGCCUCAUAAGUCCGAAAUUUCGGAGUUAUAAGGCGUCGGAUUUAUGAGGCAUAACAUUUAUUUAUUCCGCCUCAUAGGUCCGACCCCUCAUAAGUCCGACGCCUCAUAAGUCCGACGUCGGAAAAACGAGGCGUUAAUUAUUUGUCGGACUUAAGAGGCGUCGCGGAGCUAUGAGGCGUCGGACUUAUGAACGGACCCCGGAUUCAGUAGACUUUUUGAUUCAGUGAAGUCAGUUUUAUUGACGUGGGUUGCGGGGGCUUCGGGCGAAUACAAAUCUUUGAUGAUUCUGUGACCCUGUAAUGUGCAAAAUGAACCAAUGGCCCAAGCGAAACUUACUUAAAUUUAGUAAGCAACUUGGUGGAAAAUUCUUAUAAAUAUAAAUGUAAAAAAAAACUAAAUCAUGGCGGACUUUUUUUUGCAGUGCAUUUGAAGAUCUAGAUCUGAAGUAUAAUUAAUUGUAUUUUAAUAAGCAUAACAGUGUAUUCGUCAAAUGUGCAUGUUGUCUUGUGCUGAUAUCGAUAAGCACCGAACGCAGUAAUAUCUGAAUGUCGAUAAAGUUUGAUUUAUAAAGCGUUAUUCAUAUUAAAAGUAUUUUUAGCCAUCGUCCAACAAUAAAAUCAUUUUUCUUAAGAUUGACUUCACUUUAUAUAAUGAAUAAUAUUAUUUUCUAAAAGAGACCUUUUUUAUCAUGUCUCUUUGACAGCGCAGGGACUUGUAAUUUUUUUUUACGGUAUUACACUUGUAUUAUUAUAUGCACAAUUUCGGAACUUGUAACAAUGAAAAACAAAAUAAAAGUUCCCUUGGUUUGCUGAAAUAAAUAAGAGUGGUGACAAUAUUUCUUAAUUAUGUACAUAUAACUUUUUUAUUACUCUAAAUUCGUUCCACUUUAUCAAAAUAUAAACUUGUGUUUGGCGGCUACAAUUAUUUACAAAGCCUUUUGUUUUUACAAUAUAAUUAUUUUAUAUCCGUACUGUAACACUGAU